AUCACGUGGUGCCCAACGGUCGUCUCCCCUCAGCUUCCUCUUCGCCCCUCCCAAGGGGAAAAAAAAUAUCUGGGCCUAGGUCAACUCUGGAGCCUGAAGAAUGGCGUUUCCCCGACCAGCCGAAAAGCCGCCUGCCCGCUCCGCCGAGGGGAUUUCAACCACAACGCCGGAGCCUUCCAGGAACUUUCCAGCCGGGGAGAGAUUUUGUGUCUUUUAUUUAUUAUUAUUUUUGCCCUUCUUUUUUCCCGCUUCUCCCUCCCCUCCCCGCCUUUCCUUCCCAGCCUUCUGAGGUAAAAUAAACCCAAAGAGGCCGAGAGGAGACGGGAGGGUGUGCCACGUGACCCAGCGAGGCCUCCAACAGCGCAGCCUGAGCCCCGGACGCGGAGACGACGACGACGAAGAAGAAGCUUGGCGAGGAAGAAGAAAUGGUGGAACCAGGACAAGAUCUGCUGCUUGCUGCUUUGAGUGAGAGUGGAAUCAGCCCUAAUGACCUGUUUGAUAUUGAUUCUUCAGAUACGAUGGGUCUCGCAACCCCUACUCCAGCUGUUCAGCAGUCAAUCCCACUUAGUGCAUUAGAACUAGGCUUGGAGGCCGAAGCGUCCGUUGCUAUUAAAGCAGAACCGCAGACUCCGUCUUCUCCAACCGUGUUGAACAUCAGGCAACCACCAUCGACCACAACUUUUGUGUUGAAUCAAAUAAACCAGCUCCCUACCUUGGGGACUACUAUAGUAAUGACGAAAACAACCCCCGUCACCACUACCAGGCAGACGAUCACUGUAGCAAAGAUCAUACAGACCAGCACCACAACCCGGCCAUCGGUCACCGUGCCAGUGGCCCGGAACACCGUGACUACCACAACCUCCAAGGACCAGAUCCAGCUGAAAGAUCUGCUGAAAAAUAAUAGUCUUAAUGAGUUGAUGAAACUGAAGCCACCUCCUAACAUUGCCCAGCCGGUUGCAACAGCUGCAACUGAUCUGAGCAAUGGUGCUGUGAAAAAGGACACCUGUGCUAAAGAAGUAGCACGAAUAUGGGUAAAUGAUCUAAAAAUGAGAAGCUUUUCUCCUACAAUGAAGAUGCCAGUUGCAAAAGAGGAAGAAGAACCUGAAGAAGAAGACGAAGAAGAGAUGGGCCAUGCGGAGACUUACGCUGAAUACAUGCCCAUAAAAUUGAAAAUUGGCCUGCGGCAUCCGGAUCCAGUGGUCGAAACUAGCUCCCUCUCCAGUGUGACCCCUCCUGAAGUCUGGUACAAGACCUCAAUUCCCGAAGAGAGCAUCGAUAGCGGCUGGCUGUCGGCCUUGCAGCUGGAAGCGAUUACAUAUGCAGCACAGCAACAUGAAACAUUCCUACCUAAUGGAGACAGAGCUGGCUUUUUGAUAGGUGACGGGGCAGGUGUAGGAAAGGGAAGGACUAUAGCCGGAAUAAUAUAUGAAAACUACCUCCUGGGUAGAAAAAGGGCAGUUUGGUUUAGUGUUUCAAAUGAUCUGAAAUACGAUGCAGAGCGAGAUUUGAGAGAUAUUGGAGCGAAAAACAUUUUGGUCCAUUCCCUAAACAAGUUCAAAUAUGGAAAAAUAUCUUCCAAACAUAAUGGGAGUGUGAAGAAAGGGGUCAUAUUUGCCACUUACUCCUCCCUUAUUGGGGAAAGUCAGUCGGGAGGUAAAUACAAAACCAGGCUCAAGCAGCUUCUUCACUGGUGCGGAGAUGAGUUUGACGGAGUUAUAGUGUUUGAUGAAUGUCACAAAGCUAAAAAUCUUUGCCCUGUUGGCUCUUCGAAGCCAACCAAGACGGGCUUGGCUGUUUUGGAGCUGCAGAAUAAGCUACCAAAGGCCCGAGUUAUUUACGCGAGUGCCACAGGUGCGUCGGAGCCACGCAACAUGGCCUACAUGAACCGUCUCGGGAUAUGGGGUGAAGGAACUCCUUUUAGGGAAUUUAGUGACUUCAUUCAGGCCGUUGAAAGAAGAGGUGUGGGUGCCAUGGAGAUAGUUGCUAUGGAUAUGAAACUGAGGGGAAUGUAUAUCGCAAGGCAGCUGAGCUUUUCAGGUGUGACCUUCAAAAUAGAAGAAGUUCAGCUCUCUCAGCACUAUGUUAAAAUGUAUAAUAAAUCUGUUCAGACUUUUUGGGUGAGUGCCAGGGAAAAGUUUCAGCAAGCCGCUGACCUCAUCGAUGCUGAACAACGGAUGAAGAAGUCCAUGUGGGGCCAGUUUUGGUCUGCCCACCAGCGGUUUUUCAAGUAUCUCUGCAUAGCCUCCAAAGUGAAAAGGGUGGUCCAGCUGGCCCGAGAAGAGAUAAAAAAUGGCAAAUGCGUGGUCAUUGGGCUGCAGUCCACAGGAGAGGCGAGAACCUUAGAAGCUUUGGAGGAAGGUGGCGGUGAACUGAACGACUUUGUUUCCACAGCAAAGGGAGUAUUUCAGUCUCUCAUUGAGAAGCAUUUCCCGGCUCCCGACAGGAAGAAGCUUUUCAGCUUGUUAGGCAUAGAUUUGUCUGUUCAAAGUAAUCACAAUUCUCCGAGGGACAGUCCUUGCAAGGAAGACAAAGUGAAGAAACGCAAAGGUGAAGAAAUAACCAGAGAAGCGAAGAAAGCACGUAAAACGGGCGGAUUAGCUGGCAGCAGUUCUGACGAAAGCUACAGUGAAUCGGAAAACUCUGAUAAUGAGGAGAGUGAUAACGAGAGUUCCCGGUUCUUAAGCUCUGGGGAUGAUGAUGACUUCAACCCAUUUCGAGAUGAAUCUAGCGAGGACGAUGAGGACGACCCUUGGCUAAUAAGAAAAGAACACAAGAAGAAUAAAGAAAAGAAAAAAAAGAAAAGCAUAGACCCAGAUUCUAUACAGAGUGCCUUACUAGCGUCCGGUCUUGGAUCCAAACGGCCUAGUUCCCUCUCUUCCACAGUGGUUACCUCUUCUACCACGCACACGUCAACACAUAGUAACACCCAUAACAGCUAUGUAACAAGUCAAGAUGCUGUUGAAAGAGCCCAGCAGAUGAAGAAAGAACUGCUUGACAAGCUAGAGAACCUCUCGGAAGAUCUUCCUCCAAAUACACUGGAUGAACUUAUCGAUGAACUUGGUGGUCCUGAGAAUGUGGCUGAGAUGACAGGUCGCAAAGGGCGAGUUGUGAGUAACGAUGAUGGCAGCAUCUCCUACGAGUCAAGAUCUGAGCUUGACGUCCCUGUUGAGAUUUUAAAUAUUACAGAGAAGCAGAGAUUCAUGGACGGGGAUAAGAACAUUGCCAUCAUCUCCGAAGCAGCCAGCUCAGGCAUCUCUCUGCAAGCAGACCGAAGAGCCAAGAACCAGAGGCGGCGGGUGCACAUGACUCUGGAGUUGCCCUGGAGUGCGGACAGGGCCAUACAGCAGUUUGGCCGAACGCAUAGAUCCAACCAAGUUACCGCACCGGAGUAUGUCUUCCUAAUUUCCGAACUGGCAGGAGAACAAAGAUUUGCCUCAAUCGUUGCCAAACGACUGGAGAGCUUGGGAGCUCUCACUCAUGGUGACCGAAGAGCAACAGAGACGAGAGACCUGAGCAGGUUCAAUUUUGACAAUAAGUAUGGCCGAAAUGCACUGGAAAUAGUUAUGAAGUCCAUUGUGAACUUGGAUUCGGCGUUAGUGUCUCCGCCAGCUGAUUAUCCAGGAGAGUUCUUUAAAGAUGUCCGGCAAGGUUUAAUCGGUGUGGGCCUAAUAAACGUAGAAGAUCGAUCGGGGAGUCUCACGCUUGACAAAGAUUACAACAACAUCGGCAAGUUUCUAAACCGGAUAUUGGGUAUGGAGGUGCAUCAGCAGAACGCUUUAUUCCAGUAUUUUUCUGACACGCUAAAUGCAGUCAUACAGAAUGCAAAAAAGAAUGGAAGAUACGACAUGGGCAUUCUAGAUCUGGGUUCAGGAGAUGAGAAAGUAAGGAAGGCAGAUGUUAAAAAAUUUCUAACGCCAGGAUAUUCUACCUCAGGCCAUGUUGAAUUGUACACUAUAAGCGUGGAGAGAGGAAUGUCUUGGGAAGAAGCAACUAAGAUUUGGGCAGAACAGACUGGACCAGAGGAUGGAUUUUAUUUAUCCCUUCAGAUACGAAAUAAUAAGAAGACUGCCAUCCUCGUGAAGGAAGUGAACCCCAAGAAGAAGCUUCUCCUGGUUUAUAGACCAAAUACCGGAAAACAACUAAAACUGGAAACCUAUGCAGAAAUAAAGAAAAAAUAUAAAAAGGUACCUUCUGAUGAUGCUCUGCCUCACUGGCUAGAACAGUACACAUCAUCUGCAGACACGUGCACCCACGCUUACUGGAGAGGCAACUGUAAAAAAGCAAGCCUGGGGCUGGUGUGUGAAGUCGGCUUGCGCUGUCGGACUUACUAUGUCCUGUGCGGUUCAGUCCUGAGUGUCUGGACGAAGGUUGAAGGAGUUUUGGCCUCAGUGAGCGGUACAAAUGUUAAAAUGCAGAUUGUUCGGCUAAGGACAGAAGAUGGACAGAGGAUUGUCGGCUUGAUCAUUCCUGCAAACUGCGUGUCUCCCCUGGUCAACCUCUUGUCGACCUCAGACCAGUCCCAGCAAUUGGCGGUGCAACAGCAACAGAUCUGGCAGCAGCAUCACCCACAGAGCAUUUCAAACUUCAACAAUGCAUGAGACAGAGAGUCUUUGGUAUUUGGCUGUAAAAAAAAGCGUUCUCGUUGCAUUUUUCUUUUUCUUUUUGGAAAAAAAAGUAUCAGGGACAGAUUCCAAAGAAAUAAUUUUUCAGUUCCAUCACACUCUCUCUUAGAACUGUGCAGAAAAGGCAACCGGAAGGGUGGUCAAACUGAAAGCCAAACACUGCUUUUACAGUGGUCCAUGCGUCCUUUUUUUAAAAUUCCUCCGUACUCUUUGUAGUGCUUCUUUUUACAGGUGUUUUUUUUUCUUUCUUCGUCCUUCUCAAGCUACAACAUUUGCAUUGGAAGAGGCUUGUAAAUUCCCAGCCAAGCUGUCCGUUCACCUUGUCAUUACAGUGCUCAGGGUUAAAUGCAGCACAUCGGUGCCAUUGCUGUGGGGGGAAGUUCCUCAGAUGCAUGUAUUUUUGAGUUCAUAUAUAGAGACUAUAUAUAUAUAUAUAUAUAAAAUACUGGUGGCAACAAAGGUCUCAGCCUGUUAAAAAAGAGAGUACAUUUAUUUUAAAAACCAACAUGAGGAUCUAGAAGUGUGCAAACCUAGCAUUUUCAGGAUUGUUCCCCCAUUUCGGUUUAGGCAGUGCAUGUCUUCAGAUCAGGCAUGAGUGAGAUUUUUUUUUCACACAAAGAAAUUGGUGAGAGGGAGAAAUGCAAUCUAAGUGCAACAUUAAAAUUCACAUGGAUUGGAUUUUCUGGCUUUCUCUUGGAAGCUAUAUAUGAAUUUGAAUCGACAGCAUAUUUUUGUGGGUGUGUGAUGGGAGACAUCUUAGAUUUUUAAAAUUACUUUUAAAAAGAAAUGUGUUCAUGGUGUUCCUACUGCGUUGCUGCAAGAAAUGGCUUUAAAAAGGCCUUGUUUUCUUUCUCUUUCCGGAUAUUCCCUUUUAUCCAGUAAGGUUUCUGGAAACUCAUGUGUGAAUUUACUUCCAUUUCAUGUUACAUCUCUUUUUUUUUUAAGUUUUUUUUUUGCAGGGGGUUACUGAUUACUGUACCUUACUUGAGCUGUAAAUUAGACUGUGGGGGAGGGGAGGGCAGGAGCAGCACGUGAGGAUCCUGAUAUAUGUGCUGGGUUGAAUUUUUCCGUUGCCCCAUCACUUGAAUAUUUUUUUUGUUUAUGUUGUAAGACAUUGUAGAGUUUAUCCUGGAGCUGUUUAAAAUUGUAAAUGUACAAAAUGUGAAUAGUCACUUAUCUAAGAAUAUGGAUAAGUUUUGUUUUGCCUAUAAUAGUAGAUGUUUAUAAAGAAGUGAGGGACAGUGUUUGUCAUUUUUCUUCUUGCUUGCACAGGUUGCACUAUUAAAAAAAUUGAGAUUGUAUAAACCUGUCCACAAAAAACUGCAAGGUAGCAGACAUCUUGCAGGUGUCAAAUUUAAAAAAGGAAAAAAAAAAACCUUAUUGUUCUAACAA